AUGGCGUCGAGGAAUUCACGGUCUGAUACGGACGGCGAUGACGAUGACGAUGAUGAUGAUCUGGAGGUUGUCUCUGUUCGGCCGGUUGCUGCUGGGUCGCACAAGAGGCCGCGAGUAAUUGAAGAGGUAGAAGAACAUGGACAAGGAGAAUCGUCUGCGAAUCAUCGCUACAAGAAACAGCGUAUACCAUCGCGUGCACAAGCCCGAUCUCCCGUCCUCUCCUCCGACGUCGAAGAAGAUGACAACGACCCCGACGACGAUGAUGACAACGAUGAUAUUCUUGAUGACGAGUUCAACGACGGCGAGGCUGCCUACCAGCGAUUCAAGAACAGAAAAAGUAUCCAACGCAAACGGGCCUCCCUCAACGCCCGUCGAGCACGGAAAGGAAAGGGAAAAGAGAGCGCAAGUACACGCACAAGGAUAAGACUUAGUAGAGAUUCUCUCGUCGGACGGGUCGCAGCAACAGAGAAUAAUAACAGACCCCAGCGGCCCUUCAGGGAAUACGACGAAGACGAACCCAUCUCCUCAGAAGAUGACUUGAUGGAGCAUACGCUGCCCGAUUUCCUGCAGCGGCGGCGAUCUCAAUUCGAUGCUCGCAUGAAUCGCCUCAAAGAAGCAGGCUUGAGGUUACCGCCUAGUUUCGAGGAUGUCGAAUUCUCGGACGAUGAGAGUCUGGAGUUUUUGAAGGAGAAGCCCGUGUUUAGAGAUCUUUUACCCGCCAGGGAAUAUAAGGAUAUACCGCUUCCGUAUUCGCUCGGUCUUAUCCCGGCGUCUAUUGCGCAGUGGCUGCGAGAGUACCAGGUCGAAGGUGCUGCGUUUCUGCACGAGAUGUUUGUUUAUCAGAAAGGUGGUAUACUGGGUGAUGAUAUGGGUCUGGGAAAAACGGUGCAGGUCAUUGCUUUCCUGACGGCUGCGUAUGGGAAAACGGCGGAUGAGCGGGACUCGAAGCGCAUGCGCAAACUCAGAAGAAGCGGAGACGAUGUCUGGUAUCCUCGCACAUUGAUUGUAUGUCCCGGUACGCUCAUUGAGAAUUGGAAGUCCGAGUUGCAGCGUUGGGGCUGGUGGGCUGUUGGAGUCUUUCACGGUGACAGAAAAGAGGAAGCCCUUCAUGCCGCCAAAGCAGGUCGACUAGAAAUAUUGAUUACGACAUAUGUGACCUAUCGCAUGAAUAAGGAUUCUGUCAAUAUGGUGGAAUGGGACUGUGUAGUCGCCGACGAGUGCCAUCAGAUUAAGGAGCGCAAGUCGGAGACCACCAUAGCGAUGAACGAGAUCAAUGCUCUCUGUCGGAUCGGACUCACGGGUACAGCUAUUCAGAACAAGUAUGAAGAGCUAUGGACGCUGUUGAAUUGGACGAACCCUGGCAGGUUGGGCCCUGUGACUGCAUGGAAGAAAGCCGUUGCAGAGCCUUUGAAAAUCGGGCAGUCUCAUGACGCUACUCUAUACCAACUGAGCAAGGCGCGUAAGACAGCCAAGAAGCUCGUGCAGAAUCUGCUUCCAGAGUUCUUCCUUCGUCGCAUGAAGACGUUGAUUGCGGACCAACUGCCCAAGAAGAGUGACAGGGUCGUCUUUUGUCCGCUGACAGACACGCAAGCCGACGCCUAUGAGAACUUCCUAAAUAGCGAUGCGCUGGUAUACAUCAAGACCUCGUCGGAGCUAUGUGACUGCGGCUCGGGCAAGAAAUCGGGCUGGUGCUGUCAUACACAUUUGCCGUCAGGUCAGAAAUGGCAAAGCUACGUCUUCCCAGCGAUAAACAACCUUCAAAAGCUUAGCAACCAUCUUGCAAUUCUCAUACCUCAGGGCCAAGAUCCGCGAGAAAAACAAGACAAGGAUCUUGAAAUGUUGCAACUCGCCGUGCCCGAUCAAUGGCGCGAGCUUUACCAGAGCCGAGACUCGAUUAUGAAUUAUGCAAACCCGGAGUUUUGUGGGAAAUGGAAAGUUCUUCGAAAGCUGCUAAAAUGGUGGCACGCAAACGGAGACAAGGUACUGGUCUUUUCGCAUAGUGUUCGGCUCCUGAAAAUGCUUCAAAUGCUCUUCAACCAUACAAGCUACAAUGUCAGCUAUCUAGACGGUGCCAUGUCGUAUGAAGACCGCGCCAAGGUCGUUGACGACUUCAACGCGGAUCCUCAGCAGUUUGUGUUUUUGAUAUCAACUCGCGCAGGAGGGGUGGGUUUGAAUAUUGUUUCUGCGAACAAAGUGGUUGUAGUCGAUCCCAACUGGAACCCUUCUCAUGACUUACAAGCGCAGGACCGCGCUUAUCGUAUCGGACAACAGAGAGAUGUCGAGGUCUUUCGACUAAUCUCUGCCGGCACGAUCGAAGAAAUCGUCUACGCACGCCAAAUCUACAAGCAACAACAAGCCAAUAUCGGAUACAAUGCCAGCACGGAACGAAGAUACUUCAAAGGUGUGCAGGAGAAGAAGGACCAAAAGGGCGAGAUAUUCGGCCUGUCCAAUCUCUUCGAGUACCAGAAUAACAAUAUUGUUCUCCGCGAUAUCGUCAACAAGACCAACAUUGCCGAGAGUAAAGCCGGCGUGCAAGUCAUUGGCGUCGAAGUCGAAGACGAGGAGAAUGCAAAUAUGAAUGAAAACAGUUCUUCGAGAGGCAGUGCCGGUGGUGAUGAUGAAGACGAUGACGGAAGUAUAAGCCAGCUUGCAGCUUUGAUUCGUGGUGAUGCUCCAUCAUCAUCAACGACAUCAUCAACCACACUCCCUGCAAGCACCAAGAAACACGACCCGGUGCAUGCCAUCCUCGCCGGUGCCGGCGUCGAAUACAGCCAUCUCAACAACGAAGUCAUAGGCUCAUCCAAAGUGGAAGAGCGUCUCAGUCGGCGCGCCGAACAAACCAAUGACUCCCGACAAGGCGACGUGCACGUCUUUGAACCUUCUCAAGACGGCGCAGUCAACAAAAUUACCAGUGGCAGUGGUAGCGGCAGUGAGAACCUCGACUAUGAGAACUUCAAAAUCCGCAAAGACGGCAAGACGAUUCGAUUCAAGUUCCAUCCUCCGCAGGAUGUACGCAAACGCCAGUUUUGUAGCAUGGCGAGGCGAUUCGGAUUCCCGAAUGCGACUGAGUUUGCGCUCGUGGUUGAGAGUAUGACGCAGGCGCAGAGACGGGAGUGUUUGGAGAAAUGGUAUAGGGAUAGGAGGGAGUUUCUUUUGAGGGAGGAUCGGGAUAUUGAGAUUGAGGAGUAG